AUGAUUCAGAAACCUAAGGAAGCAGCAGCCCAUAUAAAAGCACCUUCGAUUGGUGAACUCAAUGAAAUGAUUGCCAAGGCAAAGCUUUCUACUGGUCAGAUAGGUGAUGAUUCAACAAUUGAAAGCACAGAUUCCAUUUUACCAGGUGAUAUCUUCUUUUCUCAUCAACACAUAGCAUUGGCAAAGCAGAAAGAUGUCCUACCAAAAACCAAUGGCUUUGAAAUCCAUGAUAGCCAAAGCCCUAAAUUGGUUUUCCAAAGAGAUGCUGCUGCUCAUCAACGACUUAGAGCAAAUGAUAAUUUUGAUCAUAAUGCCCGAGGUACUUCAUCCAGUGCUGGUUUGUCACAAACUAUCAACUCUAGCUCUGGUAUAAGUGGGGAGAGCAGUGAUAAAUUUAGCACCAAUAGUAGUAAAAUGAGUGAUACCAGCAGGAGCAUGACAAAAUUCACAGCCAAUAGAAGGAAGAGCCAAACAGAUGCAUGGACAUUUGUGGUUGAAAGCCUGAGACAAUUUUGGGCAGAUAAACAUCAGCCUGGUUCAUUGAAUGAAUUUACUUGCCACAAACAAGAAGCUCAACUUCUCAAGAAACUUGUAUCCCAUGACGUCUGUCCCCAUAUUUUGUUCAAGGGGUCCUCUGGAUCUGGGAAGAGAGCACUAACAAUGGCUCUUCUACAUGAAAUAUAUGGUGAUGCUUGUUGGAAUCUAUCGCAUGAUUUAAGAUAUUUCCAGAUUCAGUUUCAGAGAUUACCUCCCAAAUCCAGUGCCACAGCUCAUUUUACAUACCAACAGGAAAGAAGGCCCAUGCAAGUAGUAGUUCCAUUAACGUCCAGUCCUCACCAUGUGGAACUCAAUGUAAACUUGGAAGCAAAUGCUAAAUAUGCCCUAAUGGGUUUGGUCAAGAAAAUAAGCAGUGAAUUUGCAGUUAUUCCUGAAGUCAGCAAUGUUAAUUUCAAAGCAAAAUAUAAAGUGAUAGUCUUCUAUGAGGUUGACAAAGCAACAGAGAACAUUCAGCACUUGAUAAAAUGGAUUAUGGACUGUUAUGGAGAUGCUUGCAAGCUCAUACUCUGCUGUGAAGAUGGUGCAGAAAUCCUAGAAUCAGUGAAAGACCGCUGCAAAGUUAUUAAGGUUAACGCUCCUGUUACUUAUGAAAUCAUGAAGGUUCUUAUUCAGAUAGCAAGGAAGGAGGACUUUGAUCUUCCCAUGAGCUUUGCAGCUAAGAUUGCUACAAAAUUGAAACAGAACCUGAGAAAAGCAAUCAUGGCCAUGAUAUCAAAUCAAAAAUGA